CACCAACUCCCACAAGUCAAUUUUUCCAUUUUCUAGUUCAGUCUUCAGUCAGAGUUUCAGUUCACGUUAAUUCUUGCACGUUUGCGUGAGGUGAGGCAUGGGACAUUGGACAGCUAAUAGCUACAACAGUGAAACCGAAAAAGAAGCGAUCAGACAAAAAUUGUGGAAUAUUAUUACUGAGUAAUUUUACUAACAAAGUAAAGUUGAAAAAAUGAGAAUUUAUGCCAAGAUUUCUUGGUAAAUCUUAUAAUUUUUGCUCCGUGUACAAUCAUCGCAUCGUUGUAAUUCAAUUUUCUUGGAAUCAGUGACAAAGAAAUGCUAGUAAAGGUGGAAAUGCAGUUACGAUUUGAUCCUUGUACAACGCUGUCUUAUUUAUGUGACUAUAUUAAUUUUAUUUAAUUAGUAAAGUUUAUAGUACAAUUGUUUCUAAUAUUAUUUUAUAGCCAAAGAAUAAAGUAAUAAUUAAUCAUGGCAACACGGUGGAGUAGCGAGUUUAUUGUGGCUGAACAUAGGGAUUUACAGGCUAGUGCUAUGGCUGUUGAUUGGACGGGUGUCUAUGUGCUACUAGCUGGACGGCGAUAUCUAGGUGUGAAAAACCUGGAUGAUCCAUCCGACAACCUGCGAAAAUUUCCUCGCCAGAGUAAAUACGAGGUUGGCACAGCCGAGUGGAACCCUAGCUCAUCCCAUUCCCAUCUGUGCGCUAUAUCUAGCAACCAAAAAACAGAAGUUCUGUCAUGGACUUCUGGGGAGCUGAUAGUGAUGCAUGCGCUCGGCUGGCACACGAGAGUGAUAUCCGACUUGAAUUGGAACAGGUUCGACCCGAAUGUACUGGCCUCCUGCUCCAUAGACACCUUCACUCACAUCUGGGACCUCAGAGAUGCCAGGAGACCGUGCACAUCACUAUCAGCUGUCGUUGGCGCAACUCAGGUUAGAUGGAACAGACAAUCGAGGUAUUUAUUAGCAACUGCUCACAACGGCGAUAUCAAACUAUGGGACCAAAGAAAAGGCACUGCUCCUGUUCAAUACAUCACUGCUCAUCUAGCCAAUAUUCAUGGUGUUGACUGGAGUCCAAACCAGGAAAAUCAACUUGCCACUUCGAGUCAAGACUGUACUGUUAAGUUUUUUGAUAUUACGAAUCCAAGAAGGCCCGAGAGUGUAUUGACUGCUCCAUCUCCUGUCUGGAGAGCUAGAUAUACGCCAUUUGGUGAUGGGUUACUGAUGGUUGUAGUUCCUCCAAUGAGAAGAGGCGAAAACAGUCUUCUCCUUUGGAAUCUUUCCAAUCCUAAUUCGCCAGUCCAUACGUUUGUCGGUCACACAGAUGUCGUUCUCGAAUUCGCCUGGAGGAAAAGGAAAGAUGAUAGCUGUGAUUACCAGUUGAUAACCUGGUCCAAAGAUCAAACAUUAAGGAUUUGGAAAAUCGAACCUUUUUUACAAAAAUUGUGUGGUCAUCAAUCAGAAGACUCCGUAGUAGUAUUAAGCAAUGGAAAUGACCUGGGUGUGAACGGAGUGACUGAAAAUGGUGUGCACUGUGAUAAUUCAACUUCUGGAAUUGAGUUUUCUGCUAACGAACUGCAUCAAAAUGAUGAUGUGGCAGUUCCUUCAAUGCCGCAGCCGAAAACUCUGCAGCAAGAGUUCUCAUUGAUAAAUACUAAUAUUAGAAGGGUGAAUGUAGAUAAGAUGGAUGCAGUGAAACGGACUUGUACGUGUACUGCUGCAGUGGACGGCCAUGUAGUUAUUCUGAAUGUGAACUUCCCCUCCUCUUACCCCUACAACGCCCUACCCACAUUCCAGUUCGCUCAGGGAACAACUGUAGAUACGCUUAUGAAGAACAAGUUACUUAAGGUAUUGAAACAAACGGCAACACAGAGGAUAAAGAAGAAUAGAUCGUGCUUAGAGCCAUGUUUGAGACAACUUGUAGCGACUCUAGAACAGUUGUCAAGGAACGAGGAGAACGACGUCUCUCAUCUAAGACUGCAGACCAACUCACUCCUCGACCACUCCAAUGUAUAUAGUAGUUACCAAGACAGUUUCAUUCCAUUUCCUCGCACUUCCGGAGCCAAAUUUUGUAAUGUUGGUAUGCUAGUGUGCUUCUGCCGUCCUCCGGCCACCAGACAGCUUUCCAGUCGGCCGAAUGCCGAUCUUUCGACGCCGCGAGCGCUAUCUGCCUUGGCCACCGGAACCUACCCUGAUCCGCCCUAUUCCGUCUCCUCGUUCUACUUUCAAGACAACCGGUUGAGUGUCCUGCAGGCGCGUAGUCGAACCUCGGGCAACAGAGGCUCUCUCGGUCGCUACUCCAACCAAAAAACCUCCAAAGCGGCUGUCGUCGUCUAUGAUGCCUCUCAACUGUUCCUCGUUCAGCGUGAACUCGCUGAAAAAUAUGUUAUGGAUUGGCGUGACGUGGCAGGCACGUGCCGGCGUAACGCGGCGGUGGCAGCGUCGGUGGCCGGUCGCAAGGACCUCGUGCAGACUUGGCUACUGGCCGCUUCGGUCGCCCACCAGCCCACUCUCAACCUCACCCACACCCACCACGACCCGGAUGACUUCCCCUGGCACCAUCAUCCCUUCGCCAAGCAGAUGAUUCAGUCGCUGAUUUCACACUACGCCCAACUGUCAGAUAUCCAAACGGCUGCAAUGCUCUGUUGUGCGUUUGGCUCAAAAAACGAAUCUCAUGAAGCUUUAAAAAUGAAGAAUCUCAGUAAAUCUGUGCAUGCAACCAAGCCAGGUGGCUCGCCUUAUCACACCAUUCAUGAAGUGGACAUGUCGUUGGAGAGCUGGAAUUUCACCGUCCUCAAGCAGAAUCGCUCAAAUUCCUGGUCUGAAUCGCUCGAUGACUUCAGGAUAUCUUCCACGAUUGUUGAACAUUUACCGAUUGACUCAGAAAACGAUCGCUGUAUAAAAGUGGAUGAUGGCAUGAACUGUUUGUAUGAUAAGUACAAGAGAGCGUAUGCAGAUAUUCUCCAUCGAUGGAAUUUUCUAGAUGCUCGUGCACAGGUUAUGAAAUACAUAUCAGGAAGUGCAGAAACACAUAGCGGAAUCGAGUUCAAAGCAGACUGUCAGCAUUGUCGACUGCCCGUCCAGGAUGCCAGCUGCUCGUCGUGCAAGAAGCCCAGUAUGCAGUGCGUUAUCUGCCAUGUGGCUGUAAGAGGUGCGACGAACUUCUGCGUGGUGUGCGGACAUGGGGGCCACGCGACGCACAUGGACGCCUGGUUCCGACACGAGGUCGUCUGUCCGUCCGGCUGCGGCUGUCACUGUCUUGCCGAAACGGCCGCCGUGCUCGAGCCCUGAGCCCUGAGCCCCACAUCUCUCCUAAUCUCACAAAUCUAGUCAGCCACUCCAAAUCUUUUUACUUACUUAUCACUAUCAACUCUCUUAUAAGCAAUACUAUUUUUCUACGCGAAUAGCCCUAGUGUCAAGAAAACUACUACUUAAGGUAAUUUAUUAAUUUUCAUUUAUUUAUUCAUGGUUGAUGCCACGUUGUUGAAUCGUUCUUAUAUGUGUAGACAAGCAAUGGAAAUGCUAUCUCGCUUGUUAUUUCAAUUUCUCAGUGAAUAGAAACAUUUACUCUGCCUUGAAGAUCUGAUCCCCAUUAACUUGAUGAUUACUAUCACAAAUCAUAAAUAACGCAGCUUAUUAUGAUUGGGAGAGAACAACAAGCAUAGCCAAAAACUUAUCUCAUGAACUUUCAAAGGUUUUCAAUGACUUUAACACGGAUUUUUAACAUAUGAACCAUGUUAAAGCUGUGUUAUUUUCAAGAAUUUAAGUACAAUUUUACGCUCAAAAAUGUAGAGACUAAAGAAUAUAUCACUUUCCUAUCAUAUUGGUAGGCCAAUAUCAUGGAUCUUUUACAAAUUAAUUUAUUCUACCAAUAAUUUUUCCUGCCUCACUGUAUUGUAUCCUUGAUAUGGUAGUUGAUUUCUAAGAUCUUGAAAAUUGAAAUAACAAGUCUUCCAAGGGAGAUUGUAUUUGAUAAUCUAUGUUGAACAUUCAUGAAGUUUACUGUGUUGUUGAGCACUCAGCUAAACACUUCAAACAAUUUAUAUUGUUAAUCACUUCUCUUUACAGGUUAUGAAUUUAAAUAAGUUUUGAAAACUUCUAUAAUAUCGUUCAGUAUCAUCAAUAAUAAAUUUUCCUUGACAAAUAUUUCUCUUCUAUUAAAGAAAAGAAUUAGCUAAUUGUCUGGUUGAAACAAUCAUAUAUAAUGAAUUUGAAGUGGGGAAUUCGAAUUGAUUUGUUCUCAGUUGAAACUUGUUUUCAAGCAACACAAGUAUCAUAUUCCCAUGAUACUAUCCAUAGAACUUGUGCAUAAUAAUAAAAUAUUGUUUUUAUGUUUUAUUAGCACACAAUAUUACUUAAAAAAAUACAGUAAACUCUACAAACAACCAUAUAAAACAUAUUAAGAACAACAUUUACUCACAUACUGUCACAUACUACGACUUGAAAUGCUUAGAGAGACCAGAUCACUUUUAUUGGAUAUGCGGCUUAUUAAUUGCUCAAACGUGAUUUAGACAAAAAUAUUUAAUAGAAAUAUUAUGCGUCGGCAAACAAGUUGGCAC